AUGGAAGACUUGAAACUCUACACCCAGUACAAUAGGGUUUGGAUCCCUGAUAAUGAAGAAGUUUGGCAGUCUGCGGAAAUCACAAAAAACUACAAAGCUGGAGACCGUUUUCUCCAUGUGCAGUUAGAAGAUGGAACUGAACUUAAUUACCCUGUUGAUCCAGCUGCUUUGCCACCCCUACGAAAUCCUGACAUACUUGUUGGUGAAAAUGAUCUCACUGCACUUAGUUAUCUCCAUGAACCAGCUGUUCUACACAAUCUUAAAGUUCGUUUUGUGGAGUCUAAGCUUAUCUACACCUAUAGUGGAAUCAUUUUGGUUGCAAUAAAUCCCUAUAAACAGUUGCCAAUAUAUGGAGAUGCCAUUAUCCAUGCAUAUAGUGGGCAAAACAUGGGGGACAUGGAUCCACAUAUAUUUGCUGUGGCAGAAGAAGCGUACAAGCAAAUGGCAAGAAAUAACAAAAAUCAGUCUAUUAUAGUCAGUGGAGAAUCAGGAGCUGGAAAGACUGUGUCUGCAAGAUACACUAUGAGAUACUUUGCCACUGUGAGUAAGUCAAGCAGCAAUGCUCAUGUGGAGGAUAAAGUAUUGGCAUCCAAUCCAAUAACCGAGGCUGUCGGCAAUGCAAAAACCACAAGGAAUGAUAAUAGCAGUCGAUUUGGAAAAUACACUGAAAUCAGUUUUGAUCAGAGUUACCAAAUCAUUGGAGCUAACAUGAGAACAUACCUGCUUGAGAAAUCCAGAGUUGUCUUUCAGUCAGAGAAUGAGAGAAACUACCAUAUAUUUUAUCAGUUGUGUGCAUCUGCUAUGCAGCCUGAAUUUAAGCAUCUUAAAUUGGGAAGCGCAGAAGAAUUUAACUACACAGGAAUGGGUGGCAGCACAGUAAUAGAAGGAGUUGAUGACAGAGCAAAUAUGGUGGAGACUCAGAAGACGUUUGCCUUACUGGGUCUGAAGAGGGAUUUUCAGAUGGAUGUUUUUAAAAUGCUGGCAGCAAUCCUACACUUAGGCAACGUGGAAAUAACAGCUGUUGGAGAUGAAAGGUCAUCCAUCAGUCUGGAAGAUAAACAUCUCAAUAUAUUCUGUGAACUUUUGGAUUUAAACUGUGACAAAAUGGCACAAUGGCUGUGCCACCGAAAGAUUAUCACUACCUCAGAGACUGUAAUAAAGCCAAUGACAAGAACUCAGGCUGUUAAUGCGAGGGAUGCUCUGGCAAAGAAGAUCUAUUCUCAUUUAUUUGACUUUAUUGUGGAAAGAAUCAACCAAGCUUUGCAGUUCCCUGGCAAACAACAUACUUUUAUUGGUGUUUUGGACAUUUAUGGCUUUGAAACGUUUGAUGUGAAUAGUUUUGAACAAUUUUGCAUCAAUUAUGCUAAUGAAAAACUGCAGCAGCAAUUCAACCUGCAUGUCUUUAAACUUGAACAAGAAGAAUAUAUGAAGGAAGAUAUCCCAUGGACUUUAAUAGACUUCUAUGACAACCAGCCCGUCAUUGACCUUAUUGAAGCUAAAAUGGGCAUUUUAGAACUUCUGGAUGAAGAGUGCUUGUUACCUCAUGGAACAGAUGAAAACUGGCUUCAAAAGCUGUAUAAUAAUUUUGUCAAUAAAAAUGCGCUCUUUGAAAAGCCGAGGAUGUCAAACACAUCUUUCAUCAUUCAACACUUUGCUGAUAAGGUAGAAUAUAAAUAUGAAGGCUUUCUGGAAAAAAACAGAGAUACAGUACAUGAAGUAUUGAUUGAAGUCUUGAAAGAGAGCAAGUUUCAUCUGUGUGCAAAUUUUUUUCAAGACAAUCCAGUGUCCAUUUCACCUUUCAGUUCAACUAUAAACAUCAAAUCUGCAAGACCUGUUCUCAAGUCACUUAACAAACAGCUCCGAAUGACUGUUGGCAAUAAGUUCCGGAGUUCUUUGUCUUUACUGAUGGCGACACUUAAUGCAACCACCCCUCAUUAUGUACGAUGCAUAAAGCCAAAUGAUGAGAAGUUGCCUUUUGAGUUUGAUUCAAAAAGAGUGGCUCAGCAACUGCGAGCAUGUGGUGUUUUGGAAACUAUUCGGAUUAGUGCACAGAGUUACCCAUCCAGGUGGACUUACAUUGAGUUUUUCAGCCGUUACAGCAUUCUUAUGACACAGCAGGAACUCUCCAUAAACGAUAAGAAGCAGAUUUGCAAGAUUGUUUUGCAACGGCUAAUCCAGGAUCAUAACCAAUAUCAGUUUGGGAGAACAAAAAUUUUCUUCAGAGCAGGACAGGUUGCUUACUUAGAAAAACUGCGUUCGGAUAAACUGAGACACGCAUGCAUCAUGAUCCAAAAGAGUGUUCGAGGCUGGCUGCAGCGGAAGAAAUUCCUUCGCGUAAAACAAGCAACUAUUAUAAUACAGCAGUAUUUCCGGGGGCAGCGGACUGUACGGCAAGCUAUAACUGCAAGAACUCUGAAGCAAACGUGGGCAGCUAUAAUUAUUCAGAAAUACUGUCGGGGUUACCUGGUCCGUAGACUCUGCCAGCUCAUCCAUGUGGCUGCUGUAACAAUUCAAGCUUAUACAAGAGGAUUUCUAGCAAGAAAAAAAUAUCGGAAGAUGCUUGAAGAACACAAGGCUGUGAUCCUUCAGAAAUAUGCCCGUGCAUGGCUUGCUAGGCGCAGAUUUCAGAAUAUUCGGCGGUUUGUAUUGAAUAUCCAGCUUUCAUACAGAGUUCAGCAACUGCAGAGAAAGAUAGAAGAGCAGAGUAGAGAAAAUCAUGGUUUGCUGGAACGAUUGACCAGUCUUGCUUCAACUCAUAUGAAUGACAUGGAUACAAUUCAAAAACUUGAAUUAGAUCUUGAAAAGUUAACUGCUCAAAAGAGAACAUAUGAAGAGAAAGGGAAAAAAUAUAAAGAGGACAGUGAACAGAAAAUCUUAAAACUUGAGAAUCUGAAUAAAGAAUUACAAGAACAGAAAGAGACCUUAGAAAUAAAGCUUCAAGAAAAAACUGAGGAAAUGAAAGAGAAAAUGGAUGACCUCACGAAGCAACUCUUCAAUGAUGUACAAAAAGAAGAAAAUCAGAGAAUGAUGCUUGAGAAAAAUUUCCAAAAUCAGAAGCAAGACUAUGAAAAGGAGAUUGAAAUGCUAAAGGGAGAAAUUAAGGUUCUGAAAGAAGAAAAAACUCAGCUACAACAUCAAAUUCAGCAAGAAAUUGUUAUUCAGGAUGGCUUGAAAAUGGAAGUAGGACAACUUACAAAACAAGCACAGAAAAUACCUGAGUUGCAAAAGGAAAUUGAACUGUUGCAGACACAAAAAUUGGAUGUUGAAAAGCAGGCCCAUUCACAAAAGCGAGAACUGAGGGAAAAGAUGUCAGAAGUUACAAAACAGCUUCUUGAAAGUUAUGAUUUUGAAGAUGUAAGAAGCAGACUCUCUACGGAGGAUUUGGAACACUUAAAUGAGGAUGGAGAACUGUGGUUUGCUUAUGAGGGCUUGAAAAAAGCUACCAGAGUAUUGGAAAGUCAUUUUCAGUCUCAGAAAGAAAUAUAUGAAAAGGAGAUUGAAGGUUUGAACUUUAAAGUUGAACAUCUUAGCCAAGAUAUUAAUCAUCUACAAAAAUUAUUUCGAGAGGAAAAUGACAUAAAUGAUGGUAUUCGACUUGAAGUUAGCAGGCUAACUUCAGAAAACCUGGUAAUCCCAGAUCUUAAACGACAAGUUUCUGAACUUGAAAAUCAAAAAUUAGAUCUUGAAAACCGACUUCAAGAACAGACUGUAAAGCUGAAAGGAAAAAUGAAAGAGAUGUCUAAUCGGCUGCAUUAUGAGCUAGAAGGGGAUAGAACACAAAGACGAACAAAUGAGGCCCAGAAUGAAAUAGACAUAAAAGAAAAAGAGAGACUGAAAGUCACAACCCAAGGAAUUGAGGGGCUGAGCAAUGGUGUGAUGCAAGAUGAAAUCCAGGAUGAAGUAAAAAGCAAGAUAAAGCAAGAAACAACUCGACUUACUGUGGAAAACAUGGAUCUUGAAGAAAAACUAGACAUGAAAGAUAGAAUAAUAAAGAAAUUGGAGGAUCAGAUCAAAACUCUUACCAGGACUAUUGAAAAAAGUAAGAUAUUACAUAAUUCUCAUGUGCCAACUUUGUCCAAAGAGUACAUUGGAAUGAUGGAGUACAAAAAAGAGGACGAAGAAAGGAUCAUUCAAAAUCUGAUCCUCGAGUUAAAGCCACGGGGAGUUGUAGUAAAUAUGAUACCUGGCCUUCCAGCUCACAUCCUAUUCAUGUGUGUGAGGUAUGCGGAUUAUCUGAAUGAUGCUGACAUGCUGAAAUCUUUCAUGAAUGUAACGAUUGAUGGUAUCAAACAAGUUGUUAAGGAGCAUUCAGAAGACUUUGAGAUGUUGUCCUUUUGGCUUUCCAAUACGUAUUAUUUUCUUAACUGUUUGAAGCAGUACAGCGGGGAGGAGGAAUUUAUGAAGUGUAACACUCCACAACAGAAUAAGAACUGUUUGAAGCAUUUUGAUCUCUCAGAAUACAGACAAAUUCUUAGUGAUUUGGCCAUUCGUAUCUAUCACCAAUUCAUUAUUGUAAUGGAGAACAACAUUCAGCCCAUGAUCGUACCAGGCAUGCUGGAAUAUGAGAGUCUUCAGGGAAUUUCUGGCUUGAAACCUACAGGGUUCCGUAAACGUUCUUCUAGUAUAGACGACACAGAUACCUACACAAUGACCUCUAUCCUGCAACAGCUCAGCUAUUUUUAUAGUACUAUGUGCCAGAACGGCUUGGACUCUGAGCUUCUAAAGCAGGCAGUGAAGCAGCUUUUCUUUCUGAUUGGAGCUAUCACCCUCAAUAGUCUCUUCCUCCGCAAGGACAUGUGCUCUUGUAGAAAAGGAAUGCAGAUAAGAUGUAAUAUCAGCUACUUGGAAGAAUGGCUAAAGGACAAGAAUCUUCAAAGCAGCAAUGUCAAAGAAACUUUGGAGCCUCUGUCUCAAGCAGCCUGGCUCCUUCAGGUCAAAAAGAUCACAGAUGAUGAUGCCAAGGAAAUAUGUGAACACUGCACAUCUCUUUCUACUGUGCAGAUAGUUAAGAUCCUAAACUCAUACACUCCAAUAGAUGAUUUUGAGAAAAGAGUGACUCCAUCAUUUGUUCGUAAAGUCCAGGCUAUGCUAAACAAUCGUGAGGAUGUUCCACAGUUGAUGCUCGAUACCAAAUAUCUCUUUCAAGUGACGUUUCCUUUCACCCCUUCUCCACAUGCCUUGGAAAUGAUACAAGUCCCCAGCAGCUUCAAACUUGGCUUUCUCACAAGGGUUUAA